CCGGAAACGCAGACAUUGACCAAGCAAGGCAGUUCCCAUUGGUCAGACAGUCAAAUCCCACCCUCCAGGCACGAUGGCUCUUGUGUGCGCAGUCUGCAGCAAAACCUACCAGCGGAGCACACACCUGCGCCGGCACGAGGCCACCCACUACACUUCCAGCCAGUUCGCUUGUCCAUCCUGUAGCAAGACAUUUGCCAGGCGCGAUGUCUGCCGCAAGCAUGCGUCGGCCUGCCCAAGCCGUGCCAACGAUGUCAAGGUGGACACAAUCCCAUUGUCCAAAAGAGGCCAGAAGCCGCGGGCGUGUGCCGGCUGCUUUGUGAGCAAGCUGGCUUGCGAUCUUGGACACCCUUGCAGGCGCUGCACUGAGCGCUCUGUCCCAUGCACGUAUAACCGACAGCCCGCACAAGACAUGCUGAGGAUGCCGUCGGGGAGCUCGAUCUCAUCAGUUCAGGCGAGUUCCGACACGGACAACAAGGCAUCUAUCACGUUCUUGCUCGACAUGACACAUCCGUCUGCAGACACGCUCAUGGCGGUGUUCAACGAGGAACUGCCCGUGGAGCCUGAGCCUGGAUUCAGCACCACUCCGAUCACAGAGAUGUCGUUCGACCAGAUGGACUUCAUCUCAGACUUCCUUGCCCCACAAAUUGAGGAUGUCGGAGGUGAUGAGGACUUCACAAUGGACUUCUCCUCACUAGACGUCGACGAUUGUAAUGUAGCAAUGCAACACACCCUCGCUGCCAUCAAACAAGGCCUCCUCGAGACAUUCAACCACAACUCGACGCAGGUCUUCAUCUCAUCAGCGAAUGCCAGUGGUUCAAGCAACACCCACACAAGUCCUCCGCGAUUCGACGACGCCACAGCAGACACCCUUCUCCAACCCCUCCACGCCCGCAUCCUCGCAGCGACAUACUUCCGCACCACGGUCCCAGACUUCCCCGUCACCCACGAGGCGAGCUUCUCCCUCGAACAACAACACCACACCACCUGCCCGGAGCUCGUCCUCGCCGUCAUGAUGAGCGGCUCCCUCCGCUGCGCGCCGCACGACUACGUCCUCGCCGCCCGGAAACUCAUGAGGCUCUCCAACGACUUCAUCUUUGCGCGGCUGCAGGCUGUUGUGCGCGAGUUCGUCGACCGAAGCCAGCACUGCGAUGCAGCGACUCGACACGAACCACCAACUGGCGCUGAGCGACCGGGACAAAAUCAACAACAAGACACAGACAAGCGCCGCCGCACCCGCCUGCCCAGACUGGUCAUGGACGUCCUCGCCGCCGCACUGAUAUCAAACAGCGCGCUCGCCACAGUCAACGACGCAUCCGAGGACGCGGCGCGGUACUUGCGCUCGGGCAAACCGGCGGAGAGGCUGCACCAGCUUGCUUCUGCGGCGCGGGAGUGCGGGAUUGACCGCGUGCGGAGGGCAAGGCCUUUGUUUGGCGGUGGCGGUGGUCAUGUGGAGCCUCUUGAUUGGGAUACAUUUGUGUAUGAGGAAUCUUGCAUACGGAUCGCCAACUGGGCCGCCAUGAACGCCUGGCUGCAAGCAGGCUGGCUCAACGCGCAGCCGGCGGUGGGCGUGGCGGAGCUUAGGGCAGAUUUGCCUUGUCCGCUGGAGCUCUGGCAGGCUCGCGAUGCGGAAGAGUUUCAGGGUCUUAUGGGCGCCGCUUCUUCACGGCAGUCAAGCCGGCUUACGGGGUCGCCUCGCGGCGGAGCCAUGCAGAAUGCGCCACUACCGAGCUCUAUCGCGCAGCUCGCCGAGCUGAUGAUGGGUGAUGAGAGACAGUGGCGUGUGGUCGCGGAACACGUGAGGGCGGGGGUGAGCAGGAUCGAUUUGAUCAUAACGGUCAUCGGCCUGCACGCAAUCAUCCUGUCCGCGCGCCUCAGCUCGACCCUGGCCCAAGUCGCGCCAUCCCUACGCAUGGCCAUCACCAGAUGGCGAAGACUCUGGGAUAGCAUCGGUGUGUCUCUGGCCGGCACAGCAGAAGUGCCGCGCAGCACAAGCGCAAACUCGAUGGAACCGGUCAGCUUCACGCCAUCGUCACGAGAAGCAAAGCAGCUCCGCGGCCUUCACAAGCAUGCCGUCGGCCUGGCGUGGCUGGCCGCGAGCCUGCUCGAUCCGCGCACGUGGCACGACAAGCGGUUCACUGAGCUCGGGUAUUUCAGAAAUGUUGGGCGGGCUAGUAUGGCUGAUCUGCACGAGCUCAUGGAAGCUUGCCGAGGGUUACAGGGCGACUUGAAGAGCAGCGCGUGAUCAGCAGACGAGGGAGGUCACUUUACAAUGCUUCAUCAGGAUAGCUUUCCUUGCAAGUAGUAGUUGUUUUACCUCCGGCAGUGUGCGAAGACUGGUCAGAUCUAGCUGGUUCUGAUACUCGUCCUCGAAGUAGCUUGUUCCUCGCUGGCCUUCCCCCAGAACAAGACGCUCCUCACCAGCCCAGUAGCCGAGCCGGGUUGUGCACCAUCAUGCCAUCCCACUGCUCCUUUGCCAGCCACUCCUUGAUCAGCCCCAAUUCGGCGGCGGUGUCGACACCACUUAGCGGCGGGCCAGGCUCCGAUCCCUUGUGCGUGGUGUUGACAUGAGGCCAGUCGCUGCCCCGGACGAUGCCCCCGGGCGCAACGCGGGCAUAGUCCUUGACCACGGGCUCCAUCGCAGCAAUGUCGCCGCCCUCGACUCGCCGGUGCAGCGCGCCAAUCUUAACAGUCAGCUUGCCGGAAG